ACCAGUUGGUUCUAUGGAAUCCACCAUUCCCAAACGCGCAGAGCUUGACGAUGAUGUUCAAUAUGGGAGCUCGAAUCGUGCAUCUAGUCCCCAGAAGGCAAUGGAAGAGAUACACAAGCAAAAGACUCAUAAUCUCUAUUGCCCUAAGUGUACUCUUAACAUCACCAAAACUGCUCAACUGUUGGAAAAAACAGAUGAGUCUUCUCCCGACAACCAAAAAUCUUUCGUGCGUUGGAUCCCUCUCGUCAUCUCCUUCAAGUUCUUUUCAAAUUCUCACACAGGUCCAGUCGAAAGAACCUUAUCGAAUCCUAAUAAAAGUGUCGAGAAAAAGUCUUCUAAUCCUAAUUCCAAUGGACCUGACACCAACGUCUCAUCUAAUCCUGACUCCGAUGGACCAGUCGACAACUCAUCAAAGCCUUAUUCCAGUGGACCAAUCGACAACAUGAUCUCAUCUAAUCCUAACUCCAAAGGACCAAUCGAAAACAACUCACCUGAUCUUCAUUCCAGUGAUCUUCUGUAUGUAGGAUCAGUCAAAAACUACAACUACUCAUCACUCAGCGGUUUAGGGACAAUCGAGAACAACUACUCUAUUAAUCCUAUUUCCUUCUUUCGUGUCCUUGUUCUUGAACGAUACGUAGCUCAUUUCUUGGAACGAUUGCCUACUUUAUGUCGGAAUUCAAUAAUUCGUAGAGAGGAAAAGAAUGCCAACGAUAAUAGUGCAGAUCAUCAAAGCUCAACGAGCACGGAAGAAGAAUCUGAGAAACAUAAACAUGAAAAUACUCAUGGUGGUGGAUGGGUAUAUCAUUCUUAUCAAAUUCCCAACAACAACAACGACAACAAGACAGCCAAAUGAUUAUCUUUUUCCCCAAUGCUUAACUUUUUUUUUUACUGAAAAUCGUAGUUAAUAGAGGAGGACGCAUGUGAUGACAUCUUGUACUGGA